AUGACUGGACACAGCGAUUGUAAAGAAUGUAAAGAAGCGCAAUUGUCUCGUUUGGAGACAAGGGCACGCCUUUUUAGCAGAGGCAAACGUGCCUUGGAAACACAUGGCGAUGACGCCGAUGGGUUUUAUGAUGCAAGGGAGCCAGAAUACUACCCCUUCGGGAGAAAACACCAUCACACGCUUCGCCUCGAUUCAGAACAAACACAAACUAUUGGGAAAUUGGGCGAGUGCAUCAUUGCUGAUGAUGCUGAAUGUAACUGGUUAAAGUGUUUCGGCAACUCGUUGACCGACCCCAGACCGGCAACCAAGAGGACGAUCAGUAAUGACGAAUCUCCAUCGCAACCAAAGGUUGAUGAUUUAACGGCGUUCCAACCACAGUCACUUCUAUCUUCGCGUAGAAAGAAGCGACGUGUUGAGCCUGCCAAUACAACCGUAGAUGGAUCGUCUGAAGGUCUUUUGGACGUGGACUUGUCCACAUUGAAAGCUCACAAGAGCUGCUUGCUCAAGCCUAAAACUGUUGUGCCGCCUCCAGAGCCGGUAGUUGAGGAGGCUCCUACUAGCGUAGAGCCUGCAGCCGCUCCGGUGGAUGAACCACCUAGUAAAGAUGAGGUGCCGCAUGUGGAGGUUACUGGCGAUACAGAAGUGAAACAAAUAGUUGAAGUUCCACAGAAAACGACAGAUAUUAAAGAGAGUGUAAUAGAGAUCAAUGCUCCGGAAACACCUUCCGAGGCGCCACCCAGAGUUGAGCAGGCACCGGUUACCGUUCAUACGGAACCUAGACCGGUUGAAACAGGAAACAUUUUCGGAGCUUCGACCCUUGAGAAGUUGAACUUCUCGAUGCCUGUUGGUAACCCGCUGUUUGCGCCAAAGGCCAUAGACGCAAGCCAGUUUUCAUUGGAUAAGGCGCCUCCAACGUUUGUAUUUGGAGCACAACCAACCACGCAGGUUACCAGGGCUGUACACCCACCUAUGCCAGUGGCACCGGUACCAAUGGCAAUGCCUCCACCAGUGGCUCAGUUCAAUAUCCCCGGCUUUGCGGAUGCUCAGUUGGCACAGCCAGCGAUGGCAGCAACGAACACAUUUGCUGCUAACGCCUUUCCAAAGGCAAGGAGAGGUGGUUUGCGGCCUAGGAGCGCGCGUUUCCUACGACCACCUGGAUUCUUCAAACGCGCCGAAAUGCGGGAAAAACCCAGGCGAAAAACAGGUCCUUUUGAAAAUCCAGUGCGGCGAUUUGUACGUCUCAAGGAGAAGGAGCGCAUUUUUUCACAAGUUCCGCUGGAGAGGAAGGUACCGGUUGCGAAACCUGUGACUACACAGCUGCUUAAAGCAGUAGAAGGGGUACCUAAUGUCUCAUCGGAAGUGCUAGAACGCCGUCUGGAGUUUCUAUUAUCACCCAAGGCAGUUGAUCAGCAGCUGAGCGCAAAGCUGCGACCGGGCUUGACACCUUAUUUGGCUGAAUUAUACAUGUGGGAGCGUCAGAUGCGGGAUCUGCGACGAAUAUACCGAGCUCAAUAUCUACAAAAAUUGGACUCAGUCGUCGAUGCAGAACGCUAUAAGCAGUACCAGCAGUAUUUGAACACAUCUCAAGAGCGCCGGGAUAAAGCUGAGCUUAAACGGAGAGCUAUAUACGCACGUGUGAAGGAACGUGCGAUAUUGAGGGACACAAUGCGUAUAGAGAAACGUGUAUCGCAAGCAAUACAGUUGGAGCGGUUGUCCAAGAGGAAGAUAGAGAACGUGUACUUUCUGCACAAACUACAAAGAGGGUUUAAUCCACCCAGCUCGGAGGCGUCGUCAGUGUACGUACCUGAUCGCGAUAUCUCAAUUGUUGACUUGGCAAAAAACCUCGGUCAUCCGGUUGAAGAUGCUAGUAACAUCAAGCGCAAAAUAAAAACUGGACGCCACUUUUUCAGGGAGAUUCUAAAAGAGUCUUUUGAGCUGAUGCCCGAGGAUGCCGAGCGUUUUGAUGUUCAUUCCGAACCCUCGAAGACGCCGUCGGAGCGCGCUGAAAUCGCAUACAAGUUUUUUUCGGAUGACGAAAAACUGCGCUUGCUGGAGACCAAAAUUGCCAUGCUAAAUGAAAAGAUUGAUAGGGAUUCCAAGUUGUAUGGGAAGACUAAAGAUGGUGUAUAUAUACAGAUAAGGGAUCACCUAGACGCAGCGCGAGUAGCAUACUUGAUAUUUUUGUCACGAGCAAAAAUGAAGCUUAAAAUAAAAACAUUAAAUAAUCAAGAAGCGGAGGUGGAGGUGCCCGAGGGUUGCUCCGUGGAGGAGUUGAUGAAGAUCGUGGAGAAGCAUCUGCCUAGUAUGCCUUCCGAUCGUCAAAAACUUAUCCAUUCCGGCAAAGUACUGAAACGAGAGCUAAUGUUGUCGGAUUAUUCUGACAUUAAGGAUGGCGAUAAGGUGAUUGUAAUAACUUCGAAGCAGACGGAUGCAUCGUCCACACCUUCUACGACAACAAAAAGCUCAAAUGUUCUGGCAGCCGAGCAGCCUGCCGCACAGCCCGAAACUUCGCAACCAUUGGGAACGGCAGAGUCGAAAUUUGUUAUCGGCUCUGAACUAGAGAUGAAUAUUGCGCGUAUAUGUGAGAUGGGAUUCCCAAGACCAUUGGUCGAAAAGGCUAUGGCUGCCGCAUUUAACAACCCGGAUCGAGCAGUGGAGUUUCUGUCUACGGGCAAUAUUCCAACAGCCAGUGACUUUUUUGGCGGUGCUAAUGUGCCCGAAAACCAGAGUACGGAAAAUGUAUUGGGUAACACCACUCCGGAGAGCACUUUGACGUCGAUUCAAUCGCAUCCUGGUUUCCAGCAGUUGAGGCAGGCUAUCCAGUCAGACCCACAGAUGCUUCAACACGUUUUGGAAAAUAUCGGACAGACAAACCCUGAGCUGCUUCAGAGCGUACUAGAACAUCAAGAUGAGUUCAUGGAGAUGCUUAACGGUGGCGUGGAUGUGUUGCCGUAUGCUGUAGCAGAAGAUGGCCCUAGCGUUGUUCAGUUGACAGAAGCGGAGAUGCAGAGCGUGGAGCGCUUGGAGGGACUAGGGUUCCCUCGAGCAGCCGUCAUUGAGGCGUUCUUAGCAUGCGACAAGCACGAAGAAUUGGCAGCCAACUACUUGUUGGAAAAUGCAAACGACUUUGCGUCUGAGGAUUAA